AUGACAAGGUACAAGGAAAAACUGAUUUACCUGCCUUUGUACCACGUGCGGCCCUCACCAUUCCGCAUGUAUUUCUGCAUCUCGCAACAUCAAUCAUUCCAGGUGGUUGUUUUGCUGGUUGACACUCAAGGCUCCUUCGACUGCCAUAGCACAGUGCGCGAUAGCUCCACUAUCUUCGCUCUUUCAACUCUCGUAUCAUCAAAUCAGGUCUAUAAUCUAUCAAGAAAUAUUAAGGAAGACGAUCUCCAACAUUUGCACCUUUUCACAGAAUACGGAAGAAUGGCUUCGGAGUCCAGCAAUGGUGUUAAGCCCUUCCAAAAAUUGAUGUUUCUCGUUAGAGACUGGGAAUUCGAGUAUGAACACUCAUAUGGCAUUGAAGGAGGACAACAGCUACUGGACUUGCGACUGAAAGUGACCAACAACCAAGCAAAGGAGCUGCAGGAUGUUAGAAGAUGCAUCUUGGACUGCUUCGUAACGUCGCAGGGAUUUUUAAUGCCACAUCCUGGGUUCGCUAUACGUGAUCCAAAUUUCAGAGGCUGCCUGUCAGAUUUGAGUGAAGAAUUCAAAGAACAAUUGCUCCAACUGAUCCCACUGAUAUUGGCGCCUGAGAACCUACUGCCAAAACAAAUCAACGGGGAGACUGUCAAAGCCCGUGAUCUGUACCAUUUCUUUAAAUCGUACGUGGAUGUGUUCAACAGCAACGAAUUACCUCAUCCCCAGAGCAUAAUAAGGGCAACAUCUGAAGCGCGAUUGCUCUCUGCGGUAGAAUCAGCGCGAGACCGGUACAGACAAAAAAUGGAAAACGUUUGUGCCGUUGACGCCCCGUGCGUGUCACAUGUGGUUUUGCGUGACAUUCACGAGCGCACGUGCUGCGAGGUGAUGGAGACUUUCAGCCAAACGAAGGGUAUGAUUGACCUUCAAGAUUUGCAGACUCGCGGUGACCAACUAAAGCAGGAAUUGAGCAACCAACUAGGAUUGUAUGAAUUAAUAAACGAAGGGAAGAUUCACAAACUCCGUGGGAAUGCCAAGAAGAUUUACGAAGAAUCUAUGCAAGCUGCAACGCAGUCACGUGAAGAUAAAUCCUUUUGCUUCCACCCAAAAGACCUGGAAGAAAUCCAUCAAGCCGCUAUUGAUAAAGCGUUGCAGCCGUUUGAUAAAACAACAAAUAGCUUGUGGAUAUUUCCAGGACACGAAGAAGACGAGCAUAGAAAUUCAUUGUUAAUGGAGCUAGAAGAUCGUUAUCGUCAACUGCGUGAUCUCAAUGAUUCAAACAACAAUGCGGCCGUGAUAGAGGCUCGUGAGGAUUACUUCUCUUAUCUGGAGACCGUGUGUGCAGAGCAAGAUUGUCUAAGCGACCAGCAUUUGGAUAGAGAACACGAAAACGCUCUGGAAAGGGCUCUGCAAAUAUUUCAAUCAAAACGGGUCCGCGUAACCAAUUUCUCUGAGGAUUUCUACAAGUCCCUUCUUGGAAAGGAAAUUCAAGAAAAGUUUGGUAAGAUACACUCGCUUAAUGCAAGGAAGAACCAAUCGAAUGUAGCUGCGUCAAUUGGUCUGUACCGCAACCGCAUGGCGGCAUUGGUGGGACCUGAUUCGUGCGCGCUGCACCCCCAGCGGCUCGAAGAGCAACACGAUGAUGCAAAAGAAUCGGCCCUUAAUGAGUUUCAUUCCAAAAGAGCAUUCGGAGAACACAUCGAGGAAACUGACGAAUAUAGGAGCAGAAUUGUUGAGGAGAUCCAGCGACACUUUUUGUCUGUGUGCCAAUUGAAUGAAACAAACAACAUCCUGGCAGUGUCAGGGGCUUACGGUGGCUACUGUAGCAGCAUGGAUAAUGUAUGUGGCGUGGGCCGCAUGCGGAUAUCAGAAGAUGCACUAGGAAAUGCGCACGAGUACGCCCAGGGCUUGGCACUGCGCAUCUUUAAGGAGAAACGGUUCGGUGGUGAAGAGUACAACCCUGACACCCACAAGGAAAAACUUAACGAGGAUAUCAGAGAGCGGCUAGAGUACUACAGGGAGAUAAAUGCAAGGAACUCUGAGCCUCAAGAGUUAGUGGCGACUGACGACAAUAAUCGUAACGCGAUGCUGGUGGCAGCCGGGUUAAUAGCUACCACGGCGUUGACGGGAGGCUCAGCUCUAGCAGCGAUAGCAGGCGAGGCGAUGCUGGGUGGAACUCUGGCUACUGCCGCUUUGGGCGCUACGGCUUUUGUCGUUUCCGCCUUUGACAGGUUUCGUCAACGUCUACGUCGGAAUUGAUCGUGUACAGUAAAAAUAUGACGACAGAUAAUCGCAGCUUCGUACCAUUCUGUCGUGCAAACGACAUAGCAGCUGCCGUCAACCGAUAAAUUG